UCGCCGCUAUGGUCGACCACCACCACCGAAGCAGCAAAACCGAUCGUUUCCUCCUCGAUUACAGCGCCGAUGAACUACGAAUCGCCGGUGAAUUUCUAUCUAACUGGUUCCCCUUUCUCUCCCUUGACUUCUGCAGCAGCUGUACGCAUACGCUUUCCCGUCGUAUCCGAUCUCUCGGACGUUUCAUUUGUAUGACUGCAGAAGCUGUUGGUGAUGCAGAACAACUGAACCAACACGAGAAUUUCACAGUUUUGACUCCAGAACUUCCUGAUUCUAUUGGUUGUAACGGAAGUCUUGACAAUUGUUACAGCAAUUCACAUGGGAGUUGGCAAGAUUGUGCUGUCUUAAAUGGUACUGCAGAUACAAACUCAUUGGGUAGUUGGAAAGACGGUGCAGUUGUGCAAGAGCCUUUUGAUGAGGCAUUGGCAUGCAGGAAUAAAUCAGAUAGUUAUGUAGGUGGUGCAGAUCGGUCACUUGUGAGUUUGAAAGGUUAUGCCGACUUAAACGAUACUGCAGAUACAAACUCAUUGGGUAGUUGGAAAGACGGAGCAGAUGUGCACGAGCCUUUUGAUGAGGCAUUGGCGCCCAGGAACAAAUCAGAUAGUUAUGUAGGUGUUGCAGAUCGCUCACUUGGGAGUUGGAAAGAUUGUGCCGACUUAAAUGAUACUGUAGAUACAAACUCAUUGGGUAGUUGGAAAGACAGUGCAGAUGUGCAAGAGCCUUUUGAUGAGGCAUUGGCGCCCAGGAACAAAUCAGCUAAUUAUUUAGGUGGUGCAGAUCACUCAUCAAGACCUGUUAAAGAGGCAUCGAGAAGUAAAACUUUCCGUUCAUCGAGACCUGCAGCAAUCUGGAGGAUGAAAAUGCCAUUGGCAGAUAUGUCUCAGGAGGAUGAGCUUGAUGCUGAAGAGAUUAGUGAGUCAAGUAUCCGUAGUAGCCAGUUACGUAAUGGAAAUAGUGUGAACAAAGAGGAAACUUCUGUACAAGGGGCUAAGCCAAAAAUGGAGUUGUCUAGGGAGCAUAGAGAGCACAUUCGGUUUUGUAAUGUAAAGAGGAAAAAGGAUUUCAUUUGUUUGGAGAGGGUUAAUGGGAAGAUUGUGAAUAUACUUGAUGGGUUGGAGCUACAUACUGAUGUCUUCAGCAUGGCUGAGCAAAAUAGGAUAGUUAAAUUUGUGGAGAAACUUGAGGAGAUGGGGAAGAGUGGACAGUUAAAAGAGCGAACUUAUACAGCGCCACAGAAAUGGAUGAGGGGCGAGGGACGUGUGACAAUCCAAUUUGGUUGUUGUUACAACUAUGCAACAGACAAGAACGUCAACUCCCCAGGGAUUCUCAAGAGUGAAACUGUUGACCCAUUGCCUGAUCUUCUUAAGAACAUGAUUAGAAGGCUUGUAAGAUGGCAUGUAUUGCCUCCAGAUUGUGUUCCAGACAGCUGUAUUGUCAAUAUUUAUGAUGUGGGAGAUUGCAUACCACCUCAUAUCGACAGUCAUGAUUUUGUUCGUCCAUUUUGUACUGUUUCUUUCCUCAGCGAGUGCAAUAUUGUGUUUGGAUCAAACUUGAAAACUGUAGGUCCGGGUGACUUUGCUGGUGCAAUUGCAAUUCCCUUGCCAAUGGGGUCUGUACUCGUCUUGAAUGGGAAUGGAGCUGAUGUGGCUAAAUAUUGUGUGCUAACUGUUCCUACUAAAAGAAUAUCAAUUACAUUUAGGAGAAUGAAUGAAUCUAGAAGACCAAUUGGAUGUGCUCCUGAGCAGGAUCUACUAGGUCUUCAGCCUUUAUCCCAUGAAGCAGAUAGAUAUGAGAAAUCAAAAACCUAUAAACCAUGGCAUUCAAAGCAGUUGACAAGGACCUGAAAACAGUUGGGAAGA